AAGACUAUUAAUAAAAUCGACUGGAAUUCUUUAAUUGAGUUUUUUUAUAAACAGAAUUAACUGCGCCCCCGCCACCCACCGGCGCCCCCGAAUCCCUCGCCCCGGCCACCAUUGAGUGAUUAUGAUAAGGUAAUUAAGAGUGCUGUAGUCAGAAAAGGCCAACCAAGUAGAGAUGGGGGUUUGUGCUGACAGGGACGAAAAGACCCCUAGAGAGUCAUCUCGUGGUCAAGAAAAAGAGCACAAUGGAGAGUAUGGGAGAAAAAGAGGUAGAUACGACAGGUCUACGAGAACACCUGGCAUGUCUGAUUGGGAUGAUGGAAGAUGGGAGUGGGAAGAAUCCCCACGCAGUGAUGGUCACGAUUCUAGUAGCAGACGUUGUCGGCCUUCUCCAUCCCCAAUGCUUGUUGGGGUCUCGCCUGAUGUACAGCUUGUUUCUCCAUGGUUGGGAGGGCGUACUCCUAAUUCUUCAGCUGCGUCUCCUUGGGAUAGCUAUGCUCCUUCCCAUACUCCAAUUCGGGCACGUGGGAAGUCUUUUAGGUCUUCAAGCUCCCAAUAUGGUGGGAGCUCCAAUCAGGCUGACUCGACGAAUGGAGAAAAUGGUCCAGAAAGCACAUCCGCAGACCAAAAUCAUGAGAUAACAGAAAGAAUGCGUUUAGAGAUGGAAUACAAUUCUGAUCGUGCUUGGUAUGAUCGAGAAGAAGGCAGCACUGUUUAUGACGCUGAUGGCUGCUCCGCUUUUCUCGGUGACGAGGCAUCUUUCCAGAAAAAAGAAGCAGAGUUGGCUAAGAGACUGGUGAGAAGAGAUGGGACUAAGAUGACUCUUGCACAGAGCAAAAAACUUUCGCAGCUCACUGCUGAUAAUGCUCAGUGGGAGGAUAGACAACUUUUGAGAUCAGGUGCUGUCAGAGGAACUGAGGUGCAGACUGAGUUUGAUGAGGAGGAAGAACGAAAGGUUAUUCUUCUUGUGCAUGAUACAAAACCCCCUUUUCUCGAUGGGAGGAUUGCUUUCACGAAGCAAGCUGAGCCAGUUAUGCCAUUGAAAGACCCUACGUCAGAUAUGGCUAUAAUAUCACGGAAGGGCUCCAAUCUGGUUAGGGAAAUUCGUGAAAAACAAAGCAUGAACAAGUCCAGACAACGAUUUUGGGAGCUUGCUGGUUCUAAUCUUGGCAAUAUUCUUGGUGUCGAGAAAACUGCAGAUCAGAUUGACGCAGAUACUGCUGAAGUUGGCGAUCAAGGUGAAAUUGAUUUCAAACAGGAUGCAAAAUUUGCACAACAUUUGAAAAAAGGAGAGGGAGUCAGCAAUUUUGCUAAAUCAAAAACGUUAGCCCAACAGCGACAAUAUUUGCCCAUCUUCUCUAUACGAGACGAAUUACUGCAUGUAAUCCGCGAAAAUCAAGUGAUCGUAGUGGUUGGUGAAACUGGUUCAGGAAAGACAACACAAUUAACACAGUAUCUUCACGAAGAUGGGUACACAAACAAUGGCAUUGUUGGUUGCACACAACCAAGGCGUGUGGCUGCCAUGAGUGUUGCAAAAAGAGUGAGCGAAGAGAUGGAAACUGAACUUGGUGAUAAAGUUGGAUAUGCCAUACGUUUUGAAGAUGUCACCGGGCCUAACACUGUUAUUAAGUACAUGACUGAUGGUGUGUUGCUGAGGGAGACUCUAAAAGAUUCAGACCUGGAAAAAUAUCGCAUCAUUGUGAUGGAUGAAGCACACGAGCGGUCCCUAAGCACAGAUGUACUUUUUGGUAUCCUCAAGAAAGUCGUGGCCAGACGUCGUGAUUUCAAGCUCAUUGUGACUUCUGCUACUCUGAAUGCUCAAAAGUUUUCAGAUUUUUUUGGAAACGUACCUAUAUUUCACAUCCCUGGGAGGACAUUCCCGGUUCAGACAUUGUACAGUAAGACACCUUGUGAAGAUUACGUCGAGGGUGCAGUAAAGCAGGCGAUGGCGAUUCACAUCACUAGUGCUCCUGGUGACAUCCUCAUCUUCAUGACCGGUCAAGAUGAGAUUGAGGCGACAUGUUAUGCUCUUCAAGAACGCAUGGAACAACUUGCUUCCAAAAAGGAAGCUCCAAAGCUGCUAAUCCUUCCCAUGUACUCCCAGCUUCCUGCUGACUUGCAAGCAAAGAUUUUUGAGAAUGCUGAAGAUGGAGCUCGCAAGUGUAUUGUUGCUACAAAUAUUGCUGAGACAUCGCUGACUGUUGAUGGGAUCUUAUAUGUCAUUGACACGGGUUAUGGUAAGAUAAAAGUCUAUAACCCCCGUAUGGGUAUGGAUGCUCUCCAAGUCUUUCCUGUUAGUCGUGCUAAUUCUGAUCAGCGUGCUGGACGAGCUGGAAGAACUGGGCCGGGGACUUGCUACCGGCUUUAUACAGAGAGCGCUUAUCUGAACGAAAUGCUACCCAGUCCAGUCCCAGAAAUCCAGAGAAGCAACCUGGGGAACGUGGUUUUGCUGCUCAAGAGUUUAAAAAUCGACAACCUAUUAGAUUUUGACUUCAUGGAUCCUCCUCCACAAGAAAACAUCCUCAACUCCAUGUACCAGCUGUGGGUGUUGGGUGCUCUGAACAACGUCGGGGAUCUGACAGAUAUAGGUUGGAAGAUGGUUGAGUUUCCCUUGGAUCCUCCAUUGGCCAAGAUGCUCCUAAUGGGUGAGCAGCUCGGAUGCAUCAACGAGGUUCUAACAAUCGUGUCAAUGCUUUCGGUGCCCUCCGUUUUCUUUCGACCCAAGGACCGUGUGGAAGAGAGCGAUGCCGCAAGGGAAAAAUUCUCUGUCCCGGAAUCCGACCACCUCACACUCCUAAACGUGUACAAGCAAUGGGAAUCUAACCAUUGCCGGGGGGAUUGGUGCAACGACCAUUUCCUGCACGUGAAAGGUUUGCGCAAGGCUAGAGAGGUAAGAUCCCAGCUGCUCGACAUUCUCAAGACACUCAAGAUCCCACUCACGUCGUGUGGGUUCGACUGGGAUGUAGUGAGGAUGGCCAUAUGCUCCGCAUACUUCCACAACUCGGCUCGCCUCAAGGGUGUCGGGGAGUAUGUCAACUGCAGAAAUGGGAUGCCCUGCCACCUCCAUCCGAGCAGCGCCUUGUACGGCUUGGGAUACACUCCAGACUACGUCGUUUAUCAUGAGCUGAUCCUCACAGCGAAAGAAUACAUGCAGUGUGCCACGGCUGUUGAGCCGCAGUGGCUGGCUGAGCUCGGACCCAUGUUCUUCUCGGUGAAGGACUCGGAUAUGUCAACGAUCGAGCACAAGAAGAAGCAGAAGCAGGAGAAGACUGCCAUGGAGGAGGAGAUGGAGAGUUUGAGGAAGGUUCAAGAAGAUAAGGAGAGAGAGAGGAAAGAGAAUGAGAAGAAAAAGAGGCAGAAGGAGCAACAGCAAGUUUCCUUGCCUGGGUUGAAGUUGAAGAAAGGGGCUUCAACAUAUCUCAGACCCAAAAGGCUUGGGCUAUAACUUAUUUUUCGAGAUUAUAGGUAUUAAUAUUAUGCUACUACAUUUUAUUUUGUGGCCCCAAUUAUACAUUUCUGCUUGAUGUAGAGAGCUAACGAUGUAUAUAUGAAAUCAAAAUUUAGUACACUUAGCUUCUUGGA